GCAUGUACAUUCCCAGUUGCGACGAGGAUGGCUACUACAAGAAAGUGCAGUGUGACCAGAGCCAAGGGGAGUGCUGGUGCGUCGAUCAGCAYGGAGAACUGAUGGGCUCCAGGAUCCACGGGAACCCCGAGUGUGAUGAAGUGGCUGGAUAUUCUGGAGAUUUUGGAAGUGGAGUGGGAUGGGAGGAUGAAGAGGAAAAAGAAGCAGAGGAAAACGGGGAGGAAGCCGAGGAGGAGGAAGAGGAGGAAGGUGAGGCAGACGAUGGAGGAUACAUCUGGUAGAAGAGAAAGUGGAGGAGAUCAGACUGGACUGGGGGUUGAGUUAGUGGAGCUGGGCAGGUGAAGUAAAAAGAGUGGAGCAGUUUUUUUUUUUAAAUCUUAGACGUGUAAUUGCUUCAUUUGAUCCUCUGUUUUUGAGCAACAGAGCUUUGUGUUUUUUCUGUCCUGAAAAGAGGUAGCCACUGACUUGUGCGCUAGAGGCGAAUAAAAGUACGUAAAAACUUUGUAUCUUGUAUUACCAUCAUCUAUGCAUAUAGAGAUUACGAGUAAUUUUGUAUUGUGUAAACAGUUGCUUGAGUACCAGAGUUGGUGUCCCACUGGAAYGACUAGAGAUUAACUGUGAAACUAACAGUUUGACACUUUGGGAGAUAAGCUUAUUUGUUUYCUAGAUGAGGAUGAUCCAUGCCAUGCUUGUGCAAAUAUGAGGCAACAGGUACAGAGCUGGACUGUUCCKCUUUGCCUGAUGAGUUGAAAAGACGGCAAAUAUUUUCUUUGGUUUGUCUCAAAAGCUUCUAACAACACAUUUAAAGCUUUUAUGUGAAAAUGACACAUUUUAAAUAUGUGUUGUAUGUCUGAUUAUACAGGAAGUCACAGCACUGGAGGUAGAAAUGAUCCAGCAAACAAUACCUCUAAAAAUAAAGUGUCGUUUCACACUUAUAAAAAUUAUAUGAACAAUAUGUAAUGUGUUAUUUGUUGAGUUUUCUUUUAAUAAGGCUACUCUGAUCCACCAAACCUUUUAUUCUGACAAAAAUGUAGAUGUUCSCUUGGUUACUUUGACAUGUACCUUUUACUUUAGUGAUUAUCAACUGGUGGCCCACGUGCCGUUUUAGGCUCACAAGCUCAUUCCAUUUGGUCUAUAAAUUAAACAACAAAAGAACCAAAAUUGUAACUUUUUUAUUGUUACUUUUAUUCAAUAAAAUUAUUUAACAUAAAUUAGUCCUUCAAAAAACUGAAACUACGUGGCAAAUUUGAGCCAUUUAUGGCAUCAAAAAUUAUAAGAACAUCUAAUUUCUUGACAAUUCCUAAUCUACCGUAUUUUCCAGAUACAGUCGUAUCAGUCAAAACGUGUCAGGUAGAGGGGGAAAAAACUAUAGGUUACACCUGAUUAUUAGUCACAUCAUAACAUAUAUUUAAUCUGGGAUAACACACAGAAUAUACCUAGCUUUAAUUGACAUAGACAGAUGACACAGAUGCGAUUAACUUUACUUGAAUCGUUUGCAACGACUAAAGUAUUUUUUUAUGUCACACGAGUUCAAUUAAACAUCCACAGCAGCAAGCAUCGACUAGCUAACAUUAGCUACCAUUAGCUUACCGUCCUCUGUCGUCCUGCCCACUCGUCAUUAGCAUCGUACUGCUGGAUGGUCCAGUGCAGUUUUUGGUACUUUUCUGUUGAGUUUGGUGUGGUCCAUUAUUGUCAUGUCGCAAAUAAAAUGAAAAUGCAUUCCAUUGAGCAUGUUCCCGGUAAAUUCACCAAUCUCAGUCCGCAUUGUGCGAUCAGCUUUCUUCAAUUUGUUCAAUGCAGUAAGCGUAACCUAUGCUUUUUUGCCAGUCUUUCACAAGUUUCUCAUUCGCUCAAAAAGUUUUUUUUCUGAUGCUCAUUUUUAUUUUUUGUUUUUAACUGGUGUUCUAUAGGAACAACAUUAUACCAUAGUUGUCACAAGACUUGAGCGCCCUCUCACGGCUGUUGACGGUAAUGUUUACUCCUUGAUUCAUGUUUGUCAGUUGGAACUAACAAUUAAACGCUUCAAUCAAAAAAAUGCAUCAUGAAGAGGGGAGAAAACAUAUAUAAAUUGCACCAGGCUAUAAGUCGUAGGACCAGACUCUGGAAAAUACGGUUAUUAUAAUCUUCAUUGCACGUUUAUUCUUCAGCAACAGUAGAUUCCUCUCUGCAGGAAUAAAACUAACCAGUGACAGCUUAGGGAACAUAACAAAGAGACAAAACACCCCAGAUUCCAAUCCACAAAUCAUCCUCAGKGGGGUGUAUGCUUGAGAAAUUCUCACUUUCUUAGGUCCCAUCUCAAGAGAUUUGGCUGCCAGCAUUCAGGUGUCACACUCCAAAGAACRUUCCAGACUCAGUGUCUACGGUGUUUGUUAGUGGGUCAGAGCUACACAGCAUCCUGAAACGUGGCUGCAGGAUGAUUCUCUCUCAUUUCAGUCUCACAGGCCAGAAAACAUUAGAACAGAGACCUCAACCGAUAAACAARCAUGUAAAGAAUAAUCUAUAUUUGUUGUUAAUCUUUAUGGAUUUGUUUGCCUAAAGUGAAUCUGCUCUAUAGUAAAUUUUAGCCAAAAUGUGGUGCAUGAUUCAUCUAUUUUUAUUUAUAGCAUCAUUUUACAUUAUGAGAUCUGUGAAACAAGCACUAAAAGAUCAAAACAACCUCCGUAAUGCAGUCGAGGAUAAACCAAAGAAAAAAUAGAAAGAUUAAGCUUAAUAACAAUGUAAAUUUCUAAGUUUGGUACGAGGCAAAUAAUCAUAUUUUCUAAACUGUCAAACUGUUGUUUUCGCAGCAGUUCUGCUGAUUUGUAUUUUAAACUUGAUUCUGUACAUAAAUACAGUUUAGAACUGUGCAACACAACAAAGAGUACAAGAUUUCUGAUUCCUCUGGUUUUAAGCUACCUAUAUGAUAAAAGUCCACGACAGCUCAUGUAAAGAAUACCACCGUUUUCUGAAUUAACACAACCKGCAGGACUUACAGCUCAUUUCUAGCAUAAAGACUCAAACUGCACUCACGUUAGAUGUUGCCGCCCUUCGCUAACGCUGAACUUCUGUCAAGGAAUGUGCCACAAUUCAGUUAUUUUGUUCUGGGUUUGCAACUUGAAUUACUGUACUUUGUGUUUAUAAAAGAAAAAACUAUAUAUAUUAUGUGCAUUACUUGAAGUUCUGUGUGUAUACUUGAAUUCACACUGUACUUUUUUCUAUGAGAAUAUCGUUGCCAUGUCUUCAUUCAUGCUUACGGAUAGGCCAGAUGUUUGUUUUUUGAGUAUUGCAUGUUAGAAUGUACUUCUUUGCUGAGCACUUUACUAAUAAAGGCAUUGGAGCCAAGCUGGGGGCUGAUUUCUUUCAACUCCAAGACACGUUGGGCUCUUAAAUUCCACUG